CCCAUAUUCCCCUCUCUGAAAGCAGCUUUAGAUAAGAGAUGUCACAACAAUUUAGUCCUAUUGUCUGAAGAACUCUGCAGAGAAAGGCAAGCGGAGCUGUGGAAAUGGAAUUCCCCUGAAGACAGCGAAACGAAUGUUUUCCCUUAGACACGUGAUCAGAGAUUGCGAAAAGUGGGAAAGAGAAUUGAGCCUACAAACAACCAGAGGAGGAGCGGGGGCAGGAAUUCGUUGAGACAGGGAGAAAACAACGUUACUGGAGGGGAUAUUCUUCAGAAUUCCUCUAGUGAGGAACUGCUUCAGUGCCUUGCAAGGAAGAAGGUUGGAGAUAGGGCAAUCUUUUGCUGGGAUUAAGCACACGUGUAUUUGUUUGGCAGGCUCCCUGCCACCAUGAAGACCUGGCUGAUCCUCAUCUACCUGGCUACUACUGUGAUAUCAAGUUUCUCACAGGAGGUGGCAGAUGAUGGCCAAGUACAACAAGAAGAGACUCCUUUCCCUACUCAAAAUGCUGGGACAGAUGAAGAAUCUGAGGGAAACUGGACGUGGGUCUUGAACUUCUUCAAGGUGAUUUCAGGUGACAAGGAUAAAGAGAAUGCAGAAGAGACUAUAAAGACAGCGACAGAAGAACAAAAAGAAGUUAGUCCUGAAAAAGAAGAAACUACUAACUUAAAUGUUACAUGCAAUGGAAUACAAGGGGAAGAAGAGAACAAUGGUAUCACAACUGCUUGUAAACCGACUGCUAGAGCAUCGACCACUGCAAAGCCUACCACAGUUCCCACAACAGCAGAGACAACUACUGAAAGCACUUGCCUGUCCAAAAACUGCCAACCACGCAGUAACCCAUGGGCAGCAUGUACUCAUCCCACUCCUAAGGAUGAAAUGGAGUUGUCUGAAGCUCUAACUGAAUUUGCAAUAGAGUUCUAUAAAACAGCAAUCCGACAAGAAAGCCGUGACUCUAAUUUCGUCUUUUCACCUAGCAGCAUUUCAACAAUACUCUCCAUCCUCUUGCUAGGAGCCUGUGAUGAAACCAAAGUCCGUCUUGAGAAGCUGCUCUCCUAUCCUGAAGAUUUCACAUGUGUCCAUAAAGCGCUGAAAUCCCUCAGCAAAUCAGAAGCGUUGAUCUCAGCAAAUGCAAUUUUUUAUCAACCAGAACUCACAAUGGGCAGUGAUUUCCUCAACCAGUCGGAGAUGUUCUAUAAAACCAAGUUUGCACCGCUUACAAAAAACAGCAACCAGGAUGUGGUUGAGAUCAAUGCGUGGGUGAACAAAAAUACUAACUACAAAAUCAAGAAGCUCUUGGAUGACCUGGAUCCAGAUGUCCAGAUGGUGCUUCUCAAUGCUGUCUACUUCCACUCCAAGUGGAAGACUGUAUUUAAACUGAAACACACAAAGGAGGAAGAAUUCUACCGUCCAGGCCUUCCUCCCAUCUUGGUGCCCAUGAUGACAAGCAAGAAAUAUCCAGUGGCUUCCUUCUUUGACACCAACUUGCAGGCUAAGGUUGCCCGGCUCCAGCUGUUCCACAACAUGAGUCUGAUUAUCAUAGUGCCUUACGCCCUGUCGCUGAAUCUUUCCGAGGUGGAGGAGCGUCUCACUCCAACUGUCUUCAAGUCGGUGGUGGACAAGCUGGAACGUGUCUCGUUCAAACCCACCAUACUGACUCUACCCAAGUUCAAGGUGGAGUCCUCCCAGGACCUCAUGGCACUCAUUGGGGAAAUGGAUUACGGCAUUUUCUUUGAUGCCAAUCUGUGUGGGAUCUCCCAGGAUGAAGAGAUGGCAGUGUCUGGUGCCCAGCACAAGGCUGUGAUAGAAAUCAGUGAGGAAGGAGUGGAGGCUGCUGCUGCCACAGGAGUCUCCUUGGCCCGCACAGCCAAUUACUUUGAAGUGCAGCAGCCCUUCAUGUUUUCAGUUGUGAAGGAUGGGAGAAACGUAGUCUUUAUGGGGCGCAUCAACAAUCCACAGUUAUAAUAACUUUCUCCUCCUUACUUCUGUCAGCUUCUAUGAAUGGGGUGAUUGCCCUAGACUCACCUGCACUGUUUAUGCACGAAGCAUGGUACAGGUGUGAGUGCAUGCAAUUUGUUUUUCCUUCUUUUCUUUAUCCAAUUACAUCAUUCUUUUAUCCUCUCAUUUCCACCUCUCUCUCUCUCUCUUUAAAAAAUCUGGGUUCCCCUUGCUUUUUCAUUUUCCUGGGAUUUAUUUCUCCUUUUGCGUGUCUUAGCCUAAGAGAAACCAACCUUUUCUCAUUUACGCCAUGUAUGAAGAAGGCAGAGAAAUAGGGACUCAUCUGUCCAGGGCCUCCUCCUCCUUUUUGCAUGUAACCACUAUAGCAAUCUGUACAAUCCAUUUCCUUCUGCCUUCAUAAGAAAUAAAGUGUUUUUAUUGGC